GCGGGUGGGAGCGGACGGACCCACCGACGGGGUCUGCACGGAGGUACCGACCGACCGGUAGCGGUACCGGUGCGGUGACCGCUUUUGCAGCCCAGUUGCGGUGAGGACGAUGGCCAGCCCGGAGGACGACCUCAUCGGCAUCCCCUUCCCCGAGCACAGCAGCGAGCUGCUGAGCUGCCUCAAUGAGCAGCGGCAGCUGGGGCUGCUCUGCGACGUCACCAUCAAGACGCAGGGGCUGGAGUACCGCACCCACCGCGCCGUCCUGGCCGCCUCCAGCCGCUACUUCAAGAAGCUCUUUGCCGGGCCGGGGCCGGGGCAGGAGGUCUGCGAGCUGGACUUCGUGGCGCCAGAGGCGCUGGGCGCGCUGUUGGAGUUCGCCUACACGGCCACGCUCACCAUCAGCAGUGCCAACAUGGGCGAGGUGCUGCGCGCCGCCCAGCUGCUGGAGAUCCCCUGUGUGAUCGCUGCCUGCGUGGAGAUCCUGCAGGGCAGCGGGAUGGAGGCGCCCGGCCCCGACGAUGGCGACUGCGAGCGUGCCCGCCGCUACCUGGAAGCUUUCGCCGCCCUCCCCGAGGGCGAGGCGUCUGCCCUACCACCCCCUCGCCCCGCCGCCCGCCGCAGCAAGAAGACCCGCAAGUUCCUGCAAGCCCGCAGCGCCCGGCUCAACAACCACGCCGAGGAGCCACCCGCCGAGGUCGAGGGCUGCGGCAGCCCCCCGCCACCCCCCCAGCCGCCCUCGCCCCCCCUGCCCGAGGGGCUGCCCCUGCCCUACGAGAGCUUUGAGCUGCCCGAGGAGGAGGAGCUGCCUCCACACCCCUUCCCCUUCCCCUACCAGCCCCCCCUGUCCCCCGAGGAGGCCGCCUCCGAUGAGGAUGCCAUUGACCCCGACCUGAUGGCGUACCUGAGCUCGCUGCACCACGAGUCGCUGGCACCCGGGCUGGAUACACCCGACAAGCUGGUGCGCAAGCGCCGCUCACAGAUGCCCCAGGAGUGCCCCGUCUGCCACAAGGUCAUCCACGGCGCCGGCAAGCUGCCCCGCCACAUGCGCACGCACACGGGCGAGAAGCCCUUCGCCUGCCAGGUCUGCGGGGUCCGCUUCACACGGAACGACAAGCUGAAGAUCCACAUGCGCAAGCACACGGGCGAGCGGCCCUACUCCUGCCAGCACUGCAGCGCCCGCUUCCUGCACAGCUACGACCUGAAGAACCACAUGCACCUGCACACGGGCGCCCGGCCCUAUGAGUGCUACCUCUGCCACAAGGCCUUCGCCAAGGACGACCACCUCCAGCGGCACCUCAAGGGCCAGAACUGCCUGGAGGUGCGGACCCGCCGCCGCCGCCGCGACGAGCCGGCCCCGCCGCCGGCCGGGCCCCCCGGCCUCGACCUCUCCAACGGGCGGCUGGAGGGGUUGCACCUCUCCAUCGCCCGCUAUUGGGGUCCGGGACGGCCCGAGGAGGAGGAAGAGGAGCCGGAGGGCGAGGAAGGGCCACAGCCGGAUGGCGUCGUGCCGGUGGAGACGGCGUAGGGCUGCUGUGACGGCGGGUGCCGUGCCGUGCCGUGCUGAGCCGUGCCGAGCCCUACGGUGCCCGCCGGGGUUUCUGUUCCCGUUUUUCCCGUCACGGUUCGUUCCCAGUUAUGCAAAGGGGGAAAAUCCCCCCUGGCCGAUUUGCACAAUGGGGUGGGGGGCGGUCCUCGCCGCCCCCCGCCGUGCCCGCGCCCCCCGCGCCGUGCCCGGGCAGCAGAACCCCGGCGUAGGGGGGGGAAGCGGGACCGGGGUGUGUGCCCCCCUCCCACCCCUCCGUGGGUGCCCCCCCCGCCCCAAGCGGGGCCGGGACCUGGCGGGGGCGCCCACGGACCGAGCCCUCCCCCCGCACCCUGGGGGAGCGCGGGGCGGGUCCGCUAGGGCGCCCCCUGGCGGCCCCGCCCCACGCUCUCCGCGCUUGGCGGGGGGGGGGGACGGGCCGCCGCCCCGCUCUGUACAUAGCUUGUGUCCCCCCCCCCCCCCCUCCCCGAGCAGCCCCUCCCCGGCGAGCCCCCCUCGCCCCUGCACUCCCGGCUGCUUUCUCUUGGUUGCACUAUUCGGGUGAGCCCACCCGGGUGCGGGGCAGCCCCGGCCCCCACCCGACCCCCCCCCACCCCCCCAAACCACCCCGGCCCUGUGGGACCCCCUCCCCGGGGUGGCCGGGCCCCAGCGGUCACCCCUCUGCCCUUUGCACAUGCCCCCCCCCAGGGCGCAGCCCCCCCCCCCGGGGGGAGCAGGGGACUGGCACUAUUUGCCUAAAAUAAGAGUUUAUCUAUAUUUAAAAAGAUGAUGUAAUAUAUUCCCCCCCCGGCCCCUCCGCUGCUGCCCGCCAGCGCUGCCCGGCCCCCGCGCGUCUGUCCCUUGCCAUGGGGUGCCGGGAGGGGUGAUGGGGACGAGGGGCUCGGCUCCCGUCAUGGCUUUAAAGUGCCUUAUGGUGAACUUGAAAUUUUCGGCUACUUGAACCUUUCUGGUGUCAGGAACCAAAUGAAUAAUCGGCGGGCGGCUGCCCCCCGCCCCGCCGGGUCGCCUCUGUCUGUCUGUCUGUCUGUCUGUUUGUGUUUGUUUUUUUAAACGAAGGCUGCUUGGUAAUAAACGGAGAAGCAGGGA